CGAGCCUCGGACCUCAGUGAGGAAAAGAAAUUUGGGAUAAGACAACUACAAAAGACAGAAUUAUGUCUCCUCUUUGACAAUUAAAACCAAGUCCUUCUUUCCGUUUGAUGCAUGGUUACCUGAAACAUGAAGUUGUAAACCUAACAAGGGGGCAUGAUUUUGGUGGCAGGUGUCUUUGAGCAACAGCUUAAGUACAUCUUCAGUAUCUCGGAUUCCAGUGAAUUUGUUGUCCAGCUUGCUGCACCCCCGGGCUAUGAAUUGAUGGAGCAACGAAAGACACACAGUGGCCAAUUGAUUGAAGAAGCUAGUGAGACAGACCGAUUGAUGUCGUACUCGUCUUCGCUUGAUGUUCACUUUUAAUUUUAUCACCUUCCUGGCUUCAGAAUUGAGUGUUGCUCUGUUAGAACGAAGCCGGUUGUGCAAGUCCGUUGCGUGGAGCCGGG